AAUAUGGCGGCGCCCAGGGGCACAAGCCGCACGUGAUGAAUUCCGAGCACCCGGCAAUCGGAGAGUGCAUGCAAGUGUGUGAGCCAGUUUCCCUCCGUACCGUCUGUUGCAUCCCUUCGACCUCCCCCAACUAGGUCCUCGCGGCCCCCUGCCUCUCUGCAGCCAUGAAGACAAAGCCCGUUUCCCACAAGACCGAAAACACGUACCGGUUCCUUACAUUUGCUGAACGACUGGGGAAUGUGAAUAUUGAUAUUAUUCACCGGAUUGAUAGAACUGCAAGCUAUGAUGAGGAAGUCGAAACCUACUUUUUUGAGGGUCUGCUGAAAUGGAGAGAAUUGAACCUUACAGAACACUUUGGCAAAUUUUACAAAGAAGUUAUUGACAAAUGCCAAUCCUUCAAUCAAUUGGUCUAUCAUCAAAAUGAGAUAGUUCAGAGUCUCAAGACUCACCUGCAAAUCAAGAACAGUUUUGCCUAUCAGCCCCUUUUGGAUUUGGUUGUACAGUUGGCACGAGAUCUGCAGACGGACUUCUAUCCACAUUUUCAGGAAUUUUUCCUGACUAUCACCUCAAUCCUGGAGACUCAGGACACAGAGUUACUAGAAUGGGCUUUCACCUCACUGUCCUAUCUUUACAAGUACCUGUGGAGACUAAUGGUGAAGGACAUGUCCAAUAUAUACAGCAUGUAUAGUACACUCCUGGCUCAUAAAAAACUACAUAUAAGAAAUUUUGCUGCUGAAAGUUUUACUUUUUUGAUGAGAAAGGUUUCUGAUAAAAAUGCACUUUUCAAUAUAAUGUUUCUUGAUCUUGAUGAACAUCCGGAAAAGGUAGAAGGAGUUGGACAGUUGCUCUUUGAAAUGUGCAAAGGAGUUAGAAACAUGUUUCAUUCCUGUACAGGGAAGGCAGUGAAGCUAAUUUUACAAAAACUAGGACCAGUUACUGAAACAGAAACUCAACUACCAUGGAUUUUAGUUGGAGAAACACUCAAAAACAUGGUCAAAUCCACUGCGUCCUACAUCUACAAGGAACAUUUUGGUACAUUUUUUGAAUGUUUGCAAGAAUCACUCUUAGAUCUACAUACAAAAGUAACCACAACUAACUGUGGGGAAAGUUCUGAACAGAUAAGAAGGUUGUUAGAAACAUAUCUGAUACUUGUGAAACAUGGGAACGGAUCAAAGAUAAUCAAACCUAUCGAUGUUUGUAAGGUAUUAUCUCAAACAUUACAAAUAGCCAAUCUUUCUACAGCUUGCCGGGAGACCCUCUUGGCUGUAAUUUCUGCUUUGAUCCUGGGUGAAAAUGUUCCCUUGCCAGAGACUCUUAUCAAAGAAACCAUACAAAAAAUUUUUGAGAGCAGAUUUGAAAGACGUUUAAUUUUGGAUUUUUCUGAAGUUAUGUUUGUUAUGAAGCAGUUUGAGCAGCUUUUCCUACCAAGCUUUCUCUUGUAUAUUGAAAAUUGCUUCUUGAUUGAUGAGGCUGCUGUCAAAGAUGAAGCUCUGGCCAUUUUGGCCAAGCUCAUUCUGAACAAAGCAGCACCUCCCACUACUGGCUCGAUGGCAAUUGAGAAGUACCCCCUGGUCUUUUCACAACAAACAGUGGGAUCCUAUUUAAGGCAGAAAAAGACCAGAUCCAAGGGAGGAAAAGAACAGAUCCCAGUAUUGGACCACCUCUUAUCUAUAAUUCAGUUACCCCCAAAUAAAGAUGCUACUUACCUUUCACAUUCUUGGGCAGCCCUUGUCGUGUUACCUCAUAUUAGACCUCUUGAGAAAGAUAAGGUGAUACCGCUAAUCACAUGCUUCAUAGAGUCACUCUUCAUGAAUGUUGACAGAGGCAGCUUUGGAAAAGGAAACUUAUUUGUUCUUUGUCAAGCUGUAAAUACUCUGCUAAGUUUGGAAGAAUCUUCUGAACUUCUUCAUUUGGUUCCUGUGGAACGUGUGAAGAAUUUAGUAUUAACAUUUCCUUUGGAGCCAUCUGUGUUGCUGUUAGCCGAUCUCUAUUAUCAGAGAUUAUCCUUAUGUGGCUGCAAAGGGCCACUUUCUGAGGAAGCUUUAAUGGAAUUAUUUCCCAAGUUACAAGCAAACAUUUCAACUGGUAUAUCCAAGAUUCGGCUUUUGACAAUAAGGAUCCUAAACCAUUUUGAGCUUCGACUUCCAGAAUUGAUGGAGGAUGAUGGGCUCUCAGAGCGUCAGUCUGCCUUUGCUAUAUUACGCCAGGCAGAACUUGUCCCAGCAACUGUGAGCGAUUACAGAGAGAAGCUUCUUCAUUUGAGAAAACUAAGACAUGAUGUGGUACAGGCUGCAGUCCCUGAUGGGCCGUUACAGGAGGUGCCGCUUCGUUAUUUAUUAGGCAUGUUAUAUGUUAACUUCAGUGCCCUCUGGGAUCCUGUCAUUGAACUCAUAAGUUCUCAUGCACACGAAAUGGAAAAUAAGCAAUUUUGGAAAGUUUACUAUGAACAUCUGGAAAAAGCAGCUGUACACGCUGAGAAAGAGCUGCAAAAUGAUGUCAGAGACGAGGAGUCCAUUGGAGAUGAAAGUUGGGAGCAGACUCAGGAAGGAAAUGUUGGAGCUCUUUAUCAUGAGCAGUUAACAUUGAAAACUGACUGUCAGGAAAGACUGGACCACACCAACUUUCGUUUUUUGCUCUGGCGAGCUCUGGCAAAAUUCCCAGAGAGGGUAGAACCACGGUCCAGGGAGCUCUCCCCACUUUUCCUGAGAUUUAUCAACAAUGAGUAUUACCCGGCAGACCUGCAAGUCGCUCCAACCCAGGAUCUGCGAAGGAAAGCCAAAGGGGAGGCAGCAGAGGAAGUAGAAGAGGAACCUGCUGCUGGAGAUGCCGAAGAGCUGGAGGAAGAAGCGAUGCCCAUGGACGAACCGUCACAGAAGAAAAAGACAAGAAGAGCUGCUGCAAAGCAGUUAAUUGCUCAUUUGCAAGUUUUCUCUAAGUUUUCAAAUCCACGAGCCUUAUAUCUGGAAUCUAAAUUAUAUGAGCUGUAUCUUCAGUUGUUGCUACAUCAAGAUCAAAUGGUGCAAAAAAUAACCCUGGAUUGUAUAAUGACAUACAGACAUCCACAUAUCCUCCCUUACAGGGAAAACUUACAAAGAUUGCUUGAAGACAGAAGCUUUAAGGAAGAGAUAGUGCAUUUUAGCAUUUCUGAAGAUAAUACAGUAGUGAAAACAGCCCACCGAGCAGAUCUGUUUCCUAUUCUGAUGAGAAUUUUGUAUGGCCGAAUGAAGAAUAAGACCGGCAGUAAAACUCAGGGGAAAGCCGCUUCAGGCACCCGCAUGUCCAUUGUCCUGAGGUUCCUCGCUGGGACCCAACCAGAGGAGAUCCAGAUAUUCUUAGACCUGCUAUUUGAACCUGUGAAGCACUUCAAGAACGGAGAAUGUCAUUCUGCGGUCAUUCAAGCAGUAGAAGAUUUGGAUUUGUCUAAAGUUCUUCCUUUAGGUCGUCAGCAUGGUAUCUUAAAUAGCCUUGAAAUAGUAUUGAAGAACAUCAAUCAUCUGAUCAGUGCAUACUUACCAAAGAUUUUGCAGAUAUUGCUGUGCAUGACAGCGACUGCAUCACACAUCCUUGACCAGCGAGAAAAGAUACACCUCAGGUUUAUUAACCCACUGAAAAAUUUAAGACGUCUUGGAAUCAAAAUGGUAACUGACAUCUUUCUGGAUUGGGAGUCUUACCAAUUCAGAACUGAAGAAAUUGAUGCUGUAUUUCAUGGUGCAGUUUGGCCCCAGAUCAGAAGGCUUGGAUCUGAGAGUCAGUAUUCUCCUACUCCUCUGCUGAAACUAAUUAGUAUCUGGAGCAGAAAUGCAAGAUAUUUCCCUUUCCUGGCUAAACAGAAACCUGGGUACCCAGAGUGUGAUAUUCUGACCAACGUUUUUGCAAUUCUCUCAGCAAAGAAUCUCUCUGAAGCCACAGCCUCUAUUGUGAUGGAUAUAGCCGAUGACCUUCUUAACCUUCCAGAUUUUGAACCCACAGAAACACUUUUGAGCUUGCCAGUAACUGGAUGUGUAUACACAGAAAGUGCAGAUGAGUCUAUCACGUUGGGAGGACAAUUAAUUCUACCUCAUGUUCCUGCAAUUCUCCAGUAUUUCAGCAAAACCACAAUAAGUGCAGAAAAGGUGAAAAAGAAGAAGAAUAGGGCACAAGUCAGUAAGGAACUUGGCAUUCUGUCAAAGAUCAGCAAGUUCAUGAGAGACAAAGAACAAAGUUCUCUGCUCAUUACACUUCUUCUUCCUUUCCUCCACCGUGGCAAUAUUGCUCAGGAUACAGAGGUUGAUAUUUUGGUGACAGUACAAAACCUGUUGAAACAUUGUCUGGAGCCUACAAGCUUCCUCAAGCCUCUAGCAAAACUCUUUUCGGUUAUUAAGAAUAAGUUGUCAAGACAAUUGCUUUGUACAGUUUUCCAGACUCUUUCUGAUUUUGAGAGUGGAUUAAAAUAUAUUACUGAUAUUGUCAAGCUUAACGCCUUUGAUCAAAGACAUCUUGAUGAUAUCAACUUUGAUGUUCGCUUCUCAACAUUCCAGACCAUCACUUCUUAUAUUAAAGAGAUGCAAACUGUGGAUGUUAACUACCUAAUUCCAGUUAUGCAUAAUUGUUUCUAUAAUAUGGAG